UUAAACUCGUCAUUAAUUCAAACUAUGCGAGAAAAAUAGAAUGAAUUUAAUAUUACAGUUUGAAUAACAAUCUCUAAUUUGAUUUUUACAAACUCAUUGUCUUUCGCAUACGUUACUCGAUAUUAAACAAAAUAGUGUUUUAUGACGAUUACGAGGAUAAUCACCUAAAAAAAAAAGUCAUUAACAAGAAAAAAUAAACAAAGAUUGUAUAUUCGUUACAAGGAACAACAAAAAUCAUGCAUAAUUUUGAAUUAAUAUCGCAAGGUGCCGAAGCCUGUCUUUACAAAGGGACAUACUUAGGUAAACCUACCAUAGUUAAAGAAAGAUUUGUCAAAGGUUAUAGACAUCCGGAUUUAGAUAAACGUUUAACAAAAGAUAGAAUAAAAGCUGAGGCACGUGCUAUUGUUCGUGCUAAAUCUGCAGGCAUACCAACACCUGCAUUAUAUUUAGUUGAUUUGAAUCGUCGCAGCAUUUACAUGGAAUAUAUGGAAAAUACUAUAGUUUUAAAACAUUAUAUAGAUGAAAAUGUAUCAGAUAAAGUUAAUGUAGAACACAUUAUUAAGUUUAUAGGAGAAGGAUUAGGUUUACUUAUUGCUAAACUGCAUAUGAAGAAUAUAGUCCAUGGUGAUUUGACGACUUCAAAUAUUCUUUUGAAAAAUAUUUCAAAUGAAAUGUGGACUGAAGAGAAAGAUGCAUUAAAUCAUUUUGUUAUGAUUGAUUUUGGAUUGGCACGAAUUGAUUCAACCGUAGAAGAUAAAGCGGUUGAUAUAUAUGUUCUUGAAAGAUCUUUGCUUAGUGCUCAUUCUGAAGUACCUACACUUUUUCCAUUAAUUUAUGAGAGUUAUCAAAAACAUUAUACGAAUAAAACUCAUUGCAAGGAGAUAGUUAAUAAAUAUGAAGAAGUAAGAGCACGUGGACGUAAACGAUUAAUGAUUGGCUGACCAUUAAUACAAUUAUUUUUAAUAAAGAAUUAUUGCUAUACAUACGAAUGAAAUUUUUUGUCUUAUUUUUA